AUCCCCUCUAUUACUUCCUCUUCUCUCUUCCUCUCCCACCCUUUACUUACUUACACCUCUCUAUAUCUCCUCUCUCUUUUGUUCUGUUCUCAUCCUUCUUAAACCUUAAUUAGUUUUCUUAAUUUUAUCUUAUCAAACCACACAUCACUUACAUAUAUUUCCUUAAAAAUAUUAAUUACCCUUUCUAGUUUUGUCUUAGAAAAAAAAACAUUUUUUGUCCACAUGAAAGUCUCUUAAAUUAAUUUGAAUAUUGAUGCUUAACAUCUUCAUAAUAUUGUUCAUGCUUCACAUUCAUGUCUCCUGUUCUUAGUGAAAUCCUUCGUUCAGGUUUUAUCAUAGAUUCAUCCCUAAAACGUAGGACCCACUUAGUUCAAUCUUUCUCUGUUGUCUUCCUCUAUUGGUUCUAUGUUUUUUCAUAAAUCUCUUUUACAUUAUAUUAUAUAACAUAAUAUAUAGUACUAAUAAUUAUUCAUCUAUAUUAUUAUUAAUUAAACUAAAAUUAUAUCCAUAGUGUUCUUGGUGUCUUAUAUUAUAUCUUAAUUAAAUUAUUAAGAUAAAAUUUCCAACUUUUUAGUCUUUGAUUUGGAAGUAAAAAAAAUUACUAAUUUCUUUUUUAUUGUAAAAUAUUAUUUAUUUAUUAUAUUAUGGCUACAUCUAGUGGAAAUUCUAGUGUGUCAACAAAAUCUCAAAGUUAUGGUUCUGAGGAAAAUUUGCAGCUUCUAAUGGAUCAAAGAAAAAGGAAGAGAAAACAAUCGAAUCGUGAAUCGGCAAGAAGAUCAAGGAUGAGAAAGCAGAAGCAUAUGGAUGAUUUAAUUUCAGAAGUUGAAAGAUUAAGAAAUGAAAAUAGUGAAAUCAUCACAAGUAUGAACAUAACAACACAACACUAUUUGAAAAUUGAGGCAGAGAAUUGUGUUUUAAGAGCCCAAAUGUGUGAACUUAAUCAAAGGCUACAAUCAUUGAAUGAUAUGAUCUAUAUGAUCAAUACAACAAAUGGGGUUUAUCAAAAUGAUUUCUUUUUAACAAAUAAUUGCUUCAUGAAUCAAUUGAACAUGUCAUGUCUUAACCAACAACAACCAAUUGUGGCCUCUGCAGACAUGUUUCAGUGGUGAAUUAUUGAACCUCAAAAAAAGGAAGAAAAAAAAAGAAGUUGAAGUUUAAGGUUGAUGGUACUUUUUGUGUGUAAUGUUUUGUUGGAGUUGUGUUAUGCUUAGUGGAAUUAUUGAGUAAGGGUAAAUAUUAUUAGUAAUUAGGGUGAGGUAAUAUUUAUAAAUAUUAGAGUGGGAGAACUUGCAUGAAAAAAAAUAUGAUUGAAAGGAAAUUAAUUAUAUGUGAUGGCAUGGUUAUGCUAGUUAGGUAGCUUUAGUAGUACUCAACAUGGUCCAUUAUUUGGAAAAAUGGAUGUUAUGUAAGUGCUUUUUCUACUUUAUUAAUAUAAAUUAGUUUGUAUGUUUUGAGUGUGCUUUUCUAGAUGUUAAGAUGGUACUAGUUUCUUUUGGGAAAAAAUAUGGUACUAGUUUCUUUUGGAAAAAAGAUGGUACUAGUUCUUACCAAUAAAAGAGGUGCUUGAUUCUCCUAUAAAUAAAGGUGUUACUUUGUUUC